AUUGCUUUAUAUUUCCACGAAGAUUUUAAAAUAUUACAAAAUACCUUAUUUAUAUGAAGGUCUGAAGCAUGUUUGGGACAAAACCAGUGGCGGUCCAUUCGAUCCCACCUUACACUCUGAUCCGUCUUGCACAAGAGUGGCUGGCAGAAGACACCCCAAACUUUGACCCAGCAGGAGUUUGCGUUGGAUCAGAGGAAGUGGAGGCUAAGUUGUUGUGUAAAACUCCACACACUGUGCUGGCAGGGAGCCCUUUCUUCACAGCGGUGUUUACUGAGGUGGGCUGCACCGUGGACUGGAUUUACCAGGAAGGAGAACAGAUUGGCCCAGAUGCUGUCACCCUCACUGCUGUUGUGAGAGGCCCGGCUAGAUGCCUGCUCCUUGGGGAGCGCCCUGCUCUCAACUGCCUGAGUCGUGCUUCAGGGAUUGCUACCCGCUGCUCUCAGCUCAGGUCGACAGCAAAGUCUGCAGGCUGGCAUGGAGAGGUGGCUGGCACCCGUAAGACCACGCCAGGCUUUAGGCUGGUGGAGAAGUAUGCCAUGCUGGUGGGUGGUGUAUCCAUGCACAGACAGGACCUGAGUGGCAUGGUGAUGCUGAAGGAUAACCACAUCUGGGCAUCAGGAAGCAUCACAGAGGCUGUGAAAGUGGCCCGCUCAGUCUGUGGGUUCAGCAGUAAGAUUGAGGUGGAGUGUGGCUCCAUUACAGAGGGCAGAGAGGCAGCGGAAGCCGGAGCAGACAUCGUGAUGUUAGACAACUUUCAGCCACAGGAAGUUCAUGUUGCAGCUCGAGAACUAAAGAAGGAUUUCCCAGCUCUUCAGAUAGAAGCCAGUGGAGGCGUCACUCAAGAAAACUUAGCUUUGUACUUCUCCUCACAUGUAGACAUUAUUUCUCUGGGUUGCAUCACUCAGGGAUGCCCAGUUGCAGAUUUUUCUCUAAAGGUGCAGAAGCCAGGGGACAGCAAUGUGUGCAAACAGGUGAUUAAAUUGGACUGAUCUUUGUUAAGAAUGUACUUGUUAUAUACAUUCAUAAAACUUGGAGUUUCCCUUUUUUGUUACAUCUGAAAACGUAUUCUUUGUCACCAACCUCUGUAUUUGUUAAGUGGAAGGAAGAUGAUAGCUUCAGUACAAAAAAAAAAGAAAGAUAUAAAUUUUCAACCAAAUGCAGGCAUCUAUAUUGCCUUUAUUCUCAUCAAAUAGGGUCAACAAGUAAACUGGUAUAGAACUGCCUCAAUAAACCAUUACCCCACUCAGCCCCGAAGGCAAUUUUUUGGAAAACUAGAUGCUAAAUGUU